GAGGGAGAGCGCACUGCGAGCAUGCCAGAGUAGCUGGGGGUGUGCGCUGAUGUGCAGAGGAGUCCUCUCUGCGUCUGAGACGGGCUGCAGACAUGGAGGCGCAGCGGAGCUUCUUCCGGAAGGUGGACGUGCCAGACCACGCGCACUACAUCGUGGCCUUCUUCGUGCUGGUCAUCGGCGCGCUGGGGGUGGCGGGGAACGCGCUGGUCAUCUUCGCCUUCUACAGCAACAAGAAGCUCCGGACCGUGCCCAACUAUUUCAUCAUGAACCUGGCCGUCAGCGACUUCCUCAUGGCCAUCACGCAGUCCCCCAUCUUCUUCAUCAACUGUCUGUACAAGGAGUGGGUGUUCGGCGAACUGGGGUGUAAGAUGUAUGCCUUCUGUGGGGCUCUAUUCGGGAUCACCUCCAUGAUCACCCUGCUGGCCAUCUCCAUCGACCGCUACCUGGUCAUCACCAAGCCCCUCCAGGCCAUCCAGUGGACGUCCAAGCGCAGGACUUCCCUCGCCAUCGUCCUGGUCUGGCUCUACUCACUGGCCUGGAGUCUGGCUCCUCUUGUUGGCUGGAGUUCAUACAUCCCAGAGGGCCUGAUGACAUCAUGUACCUGGGACUACGUCACAUCCACCUCUGCUAACAAGAGCUACACCCUGAUGCUGUGCUGCUUCGUCUUCUUCAUCCCGCUGGGCAUCAUCUCCUACUGCUACCUCUUCAUGUUUCUGGCCAUCCGCAGUGCCGGCCGGGACCUGGAGAAGCUGGGGACGCACAUCCGGAAGUCGACGCUGGUCCAGCAGCAGUCCAUCAGGAACGAGUGGAAGCUGGCGAAGAUCGCCUUCGUGGUCAUCAUCGUGUACGUCCUGUCCUGGUCUCCGUACGCCUGCGUCGCCCUCAUCGCCUGGGCUGGGCAUGCCAAUCUCCUGUCCCCGUAUUGCAAAUCAGUCCCAGCAGUCAUCGCCAAAGCAUCUGCCGUCUACAACCCCUUCAUCUACGCCAUCAUACACACCAAAUACAGGACGACCCUGAUGGAGAACGUGCCCUGCCUGAACUGCCUGUCCCGCCCCUCGCGGAAGGACUGCCUGUCCGGGUCCAACAGCGAGGCCUCCUGCUGGGACUCCGUCAUCAGCCGCCAGGCCUCCAGCACCAGGACCAUGCUCCGCCCGGGCUCCUCCAUGUCCACCGGCAACAUGGGGUGCAGCGACGUGGAGCUGGACCCGCUGGACAGUCGGCCCCUCUCCUUCCGAAGCGGGACGUCCUGCGGCCUGUCUCGGGACAGGGACCAGAGCCAGCUGUCCCGCCUCGGCAAGGCCAAAAGCUGCUCUGCCGUCAUUGAGCAGAAGCAUCAGGCCCCCGCCCUGGUGAGGGACUCGCUGAGCAGCUACAAGCACAGUCUGGGGUCGGGCUCGGUUUCCAUGGCGACUGCCCUCCUGCCGGGCACAGGAGGGGCAGGCCGAGGCGGCGGGAGGCAGGACGGAGAGCUGGGCGGCGGCGGCGACGGCGGCUACGCGGGAGAGAGUGGGUGGGGGGGCGCUGGCCGCAGAAAUGGGCGGAGCUCGACCGGGUCGGGCCCGGAGCCGGACAGCCCCCCCUGCUCCGGCCCCCCCCUCCCCCCAUCGCCAGAGAGCAGCCUGGUGGGCGAAGAUGUGCGUGUAGUGGGAAAGCUCGAGAUUCUCCCCAGCUAGACCGCCAACGUCUGGCUCGGCCACCAGAGCCUGAACUGCUCCACUGAGCUGCCGGAGUCCGAAGACAACUUCCUGUCCUGAGUCCGCGGGCAACUUCCUGUCCUGAGUCCGCAAAGACAAGGAUCCACUCGCCUCUUUUCUUUGUGAUUUUUUUAUAUAACACUGAGAAAAGGCAGUUUUUCAAGCACCUUCCUGGGGGACAUGGAAGAGAAGGACCCUGGCUCCAGAUUUGACUAGAAUUUGAUACAUCAAGUUAUCCAAAGCUUUUCUUUUUUUUGUCCUUUGAGGUAUAAAUUAGCUCAACUGCCAUAUGAAAUGGUGCCUAAAUGGUUCCUCUUUGAUAAAUUCGGACCGCGUUUUGGAGAAUUUUUAUAAUUUUUUUGCUUCUGUGAUUUUAAUAAAUGCCAGACCAGUGACCAGGAGGACGUCGCAAAGCAAUAAAGGAAUUUCCUGUGCGCCUGCUGGCCUCGACCUGUCAGCUCCUGGUUGUGUCACUGACCAGGGGUGCGUUCUCAGAGGGAGAAGGCAAGAGUGACGGCCAUUUGACAGGUGACAGAUUUGGGGCCCCUCCCCCUCCCCUCCCAGAUUUCUUCAUCAGGGCUGCCAUACCAGAACUGAAGAUCCGCAUCAAAUUGAUCUCAGACUGCUUUGCUGGAACAAGAGAAAACCACCAGCAGACGGCUCAUAAAAAGUGAUAAUGCAAAAAUGUUUUACACCAAAUCAUCAAGUUUUUAAAAGUUUUAUCCACUAGAAGUAGCACUCCAACGAAGAAGCGCUUCAACAAAGAAAACGGCGAUUUCAUUUUCUUGUACUGGCCCACUGUUGUGGACUAAUGUGAGUGCCCUGGCUCCUUACCCUUUGAACCCUAUGGGAUUAUUUACCAUUUCAUCACACUGAUGUUCUGUUCUACUUCUAUGUCUCUUAUUGUCUUUAUUUUAUUGCUACACCGUUGGUGAGCGCACAACAUCUGUCAUGAAGGCUCAUGAAUAUAUAAAUGAACCAGCCUAUUUAACAGUUUUCAUAGUCUUGAGUGAACACUGCCACCCACUUGUCAGGAGGACAAACGACACAAUUCCCCCACUUUUGAUGAAUGUUGCCAAUCCUUCCGAUUUUUGGAAUUCCUCCUCCUCCCUCUCAUUGUGUUGUCGUUGUCGGAAAUUUUUUUAAUGAAUUCAUCUGUGUUUAAUUUAGAAUAAAUGAAAUGUGCAUACCUCUUUA